AUGCCCCGAGAAAUCAUAACAUUACAACUUGGACAGUGCGGCAAUCAAGUCGGAUCGACAUUCUGGCAACGGCUAUGUACUGAACAUGGCAUCAACGAACACUGCAUUCUCGAACCAUGGGCCACAGAUGGAGGGGACAGAAAGGACGUGUUCUUCUAUCAGGCAGAUGACGAGCAAUACGUGCCGCGCUCUAUUCUCGUGGAUCUCGAACCUAGGGUGAUCAACAACAUUCUCACGUCGCCCUUUUCUCACUUAUACAACCCCGAGAACAUCUUUGUUUCCAAAGAUGGAGGUGGUGCUGGAAAUAAUUGGGCCCAAGGAUAUGCGUCAGGGGAGCGCAUUUAUGAAGAAGUCAUGGACAUGGUUGACCGGGAGGCCGAGAGCAGUGAAUCUUUAGAGGCGUUUCUUGUUCUUCAUUCAAUUGCGGGAGGGACGGGAUCUGGUCUAGGAUCCUUUAUGUUGGAGCGUCUGAACGACAGGUUUCCCAAAAAGAUAAUUCAAACUUACAGUGUGUUUCCGAACACCCAAGAAGGCGAUGUUGUCGUGCAGCCAUAUAACUCUUUACUGACGUUAAAGCGUCUUAUUGAUCAUGCAGACUCAGUCGUGGUCUUAGACAACAGUGCCAUUGCUCGCAUAGCUGCAGACAGACUUCAUACUCAAACCCCGUCCUUUGAUCAGACCAACCAGUUGAUCUCAACUGUUAUGGCCGCUAGUACACAGACUCUACGGUAUCCUUCUGCCACUCACAAUUCCCUCAUUGGCUUAGUUUCUUCUCUCAUACCCACUCCACGCUGCCAUUUUCUUAUGACAUCCUAUACCCCAUUUUCAAGCACGGAAAUUGACCAAGCUAAAACGAUACGUCGUACAACAGUGUUGGACGUCAUGCGACGCCUGCUUCAACCCAAAAAUCGAUUGAUCUCGACACACUCAUCGCCUCAGGCUUGCUACAUCUCUAACAUGAGCAUUAUCCUGGGCGAAACGUCUCCUAAGGAAAUAUCUCAAACUAUGAGCCGUAUGCGAGAACGAAAUCUUAUACCGUUUGUUCCAUGGACCCCCGCAGCUCCUCAACUUGUACCCGCUCGAAAGUCCCCGUACAGCGGCUCUAGCCAUAAAGUCAGUGGUCUGAUGCUGGCCAAUCAUACGAGCGUCGCAUCUCUUUUCAAAAAGAUGAUUGAUCAAUACGACAGAUUGAAAAAGCGCAACGCCUUCAUGGAUAUGUAUAAAAAAGAGAAGAUGUUCGAAAACAAUCUUGACGAAUUCGAUCGAGCAAGGACGGCUUGUGAAGAUACCAUGAAAGAGUAUAAAGCAUCGGAAAGCCCUGACUAUAUUGCUUAUGUGCGUGUACUAUUUGCCUUCAUUGGACCAGAACUCGGCAAACAUUAA